GAGAACCGAGAACCAAAGUUGCCUGGGUUUUCGGUUCUAGAUCUAUGAAAAAAAUAUUAAAUCCCCCAUUUUCGGAAUUGUUUUGAAAGUUUUCUAAAUAAAAAAAUCCACUUACAUGAUUGCCACGCAUCUUUCAAGCGCGCAAUCCCUUUGGCCGAACUUCAUUGGAAAGCCCAAAAUUAUCUGCCCCCCAAAUGAAUCGUAUUUUGUGUGCAUCGCGACGCCACGUGAGCGAUGUCUUCCACGGCGACCCCUUCAAAAUUCAAUCGUACAACUUCCGGUAUGCCGACAAGCCCGUCUACCACGUCCAGCACUACCAGAGACCUCCUCCAUCGGCCCCACCGCCCGCCAGGAAGCCCUCGUUCGAGACUUUCUACCUUAAUCCGAAGUUCAACCGGGAUUCGGAGUAUACCUCGGUGAACAGGCCACCGCCGACCAGUUCGUUUAGCGAGCAUCGGCGCCGGCGAUUCCUGCAGGACUUUAAGGCUGUGCCCUCGCAUACGAUGCGGUCUCCCUUGAUUCCCAUGCCGGAACGUCAGCGCAGUGUACCGGUGGCCCCGCAGCCGCGACGUCCACCCGUUUCACCCACGGUUACGGAUUCCCCGCUCCUGAGGACGUGCUGCUCGCGCGGGGAAUACCAGACUAUGAGACGUGGCCAGAGCACUUCCUCUCUAAGGACCUGCACCAGCAAUGGCGGCGCCAGUUUGGCAGGAAAUGCCAGGAGCGCCUCGGUCACCACCUUUGCCUGUGGCUCCAAUGGCCAGCUGCAGACCAAGCGGAGUGCCUGCAGCGGCUGCGCUAUCAACAUCAAUAUCUGCGGAGUCGGAGUGGACCCGGAGUCGGAGGUGGACAACAAUGUGAGCAUCAAGAUCGAAACAGAUGCCUGUCUCCUCAACAACAAGGACUUGGUCAGGUCGGGGUCGAGUUCCGGCAAGAAUCGCUCGGGUAGUUCUGGAUCCAGAGCGGCCGGCACCUCCUUUGGCAUUGACAAGCGCCUGUCCAAGUUCAACGUUAGUGAGACCAAGCCCCGGACCAGUCCGGACUGGGAGCGGCGUCAACGGCAACGGGAAGUGGAACUGAAAAGGGAGCAGGUGCUGUUUCGAGAGCGCCAACACCAGGAGGAACUAAAAAAAGAACGAGAGCGGGAGCUCCAACAGGAGCGGGAGUUUAUGAGGCGGCGGGAGCAGGAGCGGGAGCAUCUGCGGCAGCUGGAGCGGCAGCGGGAACGGGAGCAUCUCCUCGCCCUGGAGACGGAGCGGGAGCGACAGCGUCUCAGGGAACUGGAGAGAGAAACUCAGCGGCAAAGGGAGUAUAAUCGUCUGGUGGAGUUCCAGGAGCAACUGUGUCAUCAGCCACCGACGCGGGCAGCGGGAGUACCACCACCUUCUCCAGUUCCCAUGACUUCGCAUUUGUAUACUCCGGCCUCGGAUGAUCGCUUGCCCGGAAUGAUGCCCUUUUGUGAUGUUCCUUCACGACGGGAUACGAGGACAGCGACUCCGGUUCGUCAUCAGGCAGUAGCUAUUCCGCUGCCCCCGCCACCGGUCUCGACAUCAACGCCCCUUCGUUCUUCUUCACGAUCGUCUGUCGGACGGACUGCGGUGAUCAGCUCCCGGAGUGACACGCCUGUACGGAAUAGCAAUCGUACUCCAACGCCCAUUAGGAGUGUACCACCCUCCCGGAGUUCUACGCCCAUCCCGAAUUCCACUACCAGAAAUCCAGUGCAUAGCCGAAAUCCCACUCCUACUCGGAAUCACCCACAGAUUGGUAGUUCCUCCCGCCAACCCACGCCCACCCGGAAUGCCCCCCGCAACGUCACUCCCUUAAGGAGCUCCAAUCGAUCUUUAACUCCCCUACGGACUGGCACAUCCGAUCGCUCUUCCAGCCGGAAUUCCAGGAGUUCCGGCACCUCCAACGGCAAUGUCCAUGUGUCAGUGGCAGCCACGCGGAUCGUGUCCAACAGCCGCUUGAGCGAAUCGAAGCAGAUAAACGGAGGACCUGCAAUUGUGACCCGGCUAAAUAAUGUCCCCAUACGGAUAACUACCACGCGACCCGGGGACCGGGAUCUGGAGUUCUCCAUGAAUCAAGUUACGGUGAGGGAGCCAGUGACGGCGAUGCCAGCCCCCAGAACUGUAUUUCGUCGGCGCAGUGACAGCAGUCAGUCUGGACAUGAUGCCUGCCAGGUGAACAUCAACGUGUAUGCCGACAAUCUGCGUAGGAUGCGGAUCUGA